UCGUGUGGCAAAUAUUUUGCUAAUAUUAGUAUUCGGUCACAUUGGUAUUGGCAUAGGCAUUCUUUAAAUUUUUCUAUUUAACACGGCGCGUUUUUGUAAAACAAUGAGCUUUUUAAGUAAUAGCAACACGGUUCAUGUUGAAGUACGCCUGCACCGUUGCGAGAAACGAAUGCAAACGCUUCAAUCGGAAAUCGAACCACAAUUAGACGCGUACUUAAAAUCACUAAAAACUUUGCGCUGGAAUUUCGCUUUUAAUGUGAACACCCACAUUCCAGCUAUUGAAAGUAUACUUCUGGAGAAAGACAAUGGCGAAAAUGGAAUUGUGAAGGUGGAUAAUAGAUUAAAGUUUUGCUAUCAUUACUAUAUGACACAGCGCCCUGAGUUGCGAUCUGGUGGCGGGUUGUUUGAUGGCGAAGGUGAUGUGAAUACCGAUAAUGUGGACAACGUAAUUUCCGCUCAUCAUGUGUUGCUGCCUGCCAGUGAGUUUGUUGGUCUUUGGGAUAAUUUAAUAUAUGAGGAAGGACUGAAAGAAAAGUUGCUUAAGUUCGCUCUGUCUGCCUUGAGUUUCUCCCAACAUAACGUGGACACGAAUGUGAUCGCUUGUAAUCGAUUGCUGCUAUUGCAUGGUCCUCCUGGCACUGGUAAAACAAGUCUGUGCAAGGCACUUGCUCAAAAACUGGCUGUGAGGACACAAAAUAGCUUUGCCUACACGCAUCUUGUGGAGAUUAAUAGCCACAGCCUUUUCUCGAAGUGGUUCUCGGAAAGUGGCAAACUCGUUGCUCGUCUCUUUGGCAAAAUAUCUGAGCUUGUCGCGGACAAAAACAAUUUGGUUUGCGUGCUCAUUGAUGAGGUGGAAUCGCUGGCAUAUCAACGCAGUGCGAUGAGCAGCAAUGAGCCGCGUGAUGCGAUGCGAGUGGUUAAUGCGGUGCUUACCCAGCUGGAUGAUAUCAAGUCCUGUCCAAAUGUGCUCAUUUUAGCCACAUCGAAUUUACCUCAUAGUAUAGAUCUGGCCUUCUUGGAUCGUGCAGAUAUACGUCAGUAUAUAGGCUUGCCGGCUAUAACAGCCAUUGGCUCCAUUUACAAGUCAAUGCUAACAGAACUGAUGGCCAGGGGCAUUGUGCGAACAGAACACAUGGAAAACAGUCAAGAGGACUCGGAGGAUCUAAUCAAUGAUCUGGCUGAGCGUAGUGUAGGAUUAAGUGGUCGAACUUUACGUAAAAUACCGCUUUUGGCACACGCUCAUCACACGACUCGAGAUCUCUUCGAAGUUAACCAAAAGAUAACGCUGUCAGAUUUCCUUGAUGCAAUGCUUCUAGCCUUGGAGCAGUUGCUGGCUGAGAAACGACUCCUAAAGCAAGAGGCAUUUGUACAAGAUAUGUCAUAUCAAACAUCAAGCUAGGCAAACGGUCCCAAUCACAAGUUCAUAAGUAAAACACAAUGUAUAAUGAUUCCUAUAACAUAAAGAUACAUAGCCUAUCCUCUUGCUGUUUUAGCAGUACAUUAACGAUGCACUUUGUUUCAUUUAUUACGCUUUCAAUGGCAAUCAACUUCAAUCUCAUCAUUCAUAAUAAGACAAU